CACAAAUAUAUUUCAUUGAGUCCAUAUGGUAACACAAAAAGAGCGCACUGUAAAAAGUACAGCUUAUAUUUGAUUUUGAGCUGCUUUGUACAUCAGGAAGGGGAAAUGCAAUCUAAUCGUAUUUUUUCAUAAUCUUUGUAUCUUCUCUUUACGUUUGAGAGAAGAAACAACCAUUAUGACGAAGUGGAAGGUGAUUGCGAUAACGCUGGCAGUGAUUUGCGCCGUUGUAGCACUUUCCUAUGCUUAUGACGUCAUCGAUAUGACGACUGCUGAAGAAAUGACUGAGGAGUUUACCAAUAAGCUUCCCCGGUUAGCAUGUUCGGCACCUUCUUCACGUAUGUGUGGGCAUUUUAAUAAGACAGGCAAGAUUCGUGAUCCGGAGUUGGGACGAUACUGGCUUAAACAUUAUGUGAACACUGCAUACGUGGAGGCCAAGUACAGGAAUGCUCAAGGCUCGUGGAACUAUGAAACAAAUAUUACGAAAGGAAAUGCAAAAGAAAUGCAUCGCAUUAUAGACAUUGCAAGCUCUUUGAUGGCAGUUGUUAAGGCUCAAACGGAAAUGUUGGACCCAGCCAAUCUUGAUGAGAUAAGUAAGAGAAUCAUAUCAUUCAUGAUGGAUGGUGGAUUUUAUUCAACGAAUGAACAUGCUCGGGAAGCAAGUGCGGUCCAGGAUAAUAUGACUACCAUUUUUGCAACAGGAAAAGUUUGUCGAGAGAGAAAGCUACCAAAUAAGAAACGAUCGGAGAUAUGUAUGCACAUGGAACCAGGCCUUCAGCACUUUAUGAGCAUAUCACGUGAUUAUGACAAGCUGUUAUGGGCGUGGAAAGGAUGGCAUGACGCAGUUGGACCGAAGAUUGGAAAGCUAUAUCCUACUUAUGUUUCACUGUCGAACGAAGCUGCUAGGAAUGGGGGUUAUGAAGAUUAUGGUGGCGAACUCCGGAGUACAUAUGAGGACCCCAAUUUUAUUGAGGAGAUCGACGCCCUUUGGAAUACAGUCAAACCUAUGUACCUUCAGAUCCAUGCAUUUACGAGAAGGAGACUGGUGGAAAAAUAUGGAGCGGACAAGGUCAACUCAACAGGACCAAUACCAGCUCAUCUUCUUGGUAACAUGUGGGCUCAAAAAUGGGGUCAAAUUUAUGAUCUGUUGACUCCCUACCCUGGUCAUGGAGUCGUAGAUGUCACAGAGGAAAUGCAGAAACAGAAAUGGACCGUUAACAAAAUGUUCCAUGCUGCAAACGAUUUUUUCAAAUCUCUUGGAUGGAGGUCGAUGCCUGAAGCAUUCUGGGAGAAAUCUUUGUUAGAGAGACCACACGACAGACAAGUAGAAUGCCACGGAUCUGCUUUUGAUUUUUACAAGAACAGAGAAGUCAGGAUUAAGAUGUGUACAGAGAUUACGAUGGAGGACCUUUACACUGCUCACCAUGAGAUGGGUCAUUGUCAAUAUUUCCUACAUUACCGUCAUCAACACGCUGAGCUUAGAGGAGGCGCCAAUCCGGGAUUCCAUGAAGCAGUAGGAGAUACCAUUGCCCUCUCAGUUGUUACCCCUGACUAUCUACAUCAUCUAGGUCUUCUAGCAACUGAUGAGGUUGAUGAGGAAUUGCAGAUCAAUUAUCUGAUGAGAGUUGCUCUUGAUAAGAUAUCAUUUUUACCUUUUGGUCUUUUGAUCGACAAGUGGCGUUGGAAGGUGUUUAGUGGUGAGAUCAAACCUGAUAAUUAUAACACUGCAUGGUGGCAAAUGAGACGAUAUUAUCAGGGAUUAGAGAGCCCUAUAGAGCGCAAACAAACUGAUUUUGAUCCUGGAGCAAAAUAUCAUAUAGCAUCAGGAACACCAUACAUUAGGUAUUUCGUGAGUUUCAUCGUUCAGUUUCAGUUUCAUCAGAAGUUGUGUGAGAUUUCAAAUAGUACUAAACCUUUACAUCUAUGUAACAACUAUAACUCCAAGGAGGCUGGUCAGAAAUUCGGAUCAAUGCUGAAGAUGGGUAUGAGUAAACCAUGGCAGGAUGCAAUGGAAGAAUUGACAGGCCAGAGACGAAUGGAUGCUAGCGCCAUCAUCGAAUACUUCCAGCCACUUAUCAAAUGGCUUACGGAUGAAAAUGAAAAGAAUAACGAAAAGAUUGGAUGGGAUUACCGAAAGGUAGAGAUCACCACCAAGAUGGAGCUCAUCGUGAAGAUGGUCUUCUUAUCCACGAUGACAAUGGUUUUAAUAUCCAUUACAGUAGGCUUGUCGACUACAGACCAAUCGGAAAAUAACCAAGAACACGGUAGUAACUAUAAUGAGACACAGUUUGAAAUAUUCUUGGAAGAGUUCAAUCAGAGAGCGAUGGACGUCUAUUCGUAUUCUAUAGAAAAAUCAUGGAUAUAUAACACCAACAUCACGGAAUAUAACAGACACCAGAUGAUUGAGGCGAGUGUUACUACAGGCAGUUUUUCGAACCAUAUGAGAGAGCGAGCGCUUGUCUUCAACGAUACCAAUUUCACUGACACAAAUCAACGGCACUACAGGCGACUCGUCUACGUUGGAAAUGCUGCUCUUAAAAACGUGUCUGAGAUGGAAGAAGGUGCAAACUUAGUUGCUCGAAUGAAAGGACGAUAUUCAACGGGUAAGGUGUGUAAGGAGGACGGAACGUGUUACAAUCUUAAUCCGGGACUUUCAAAGAUCAUGGCAUCUUCAAGAAACUACAGUGAGUUGCUAUGGGCUUGGGAUUCAUGGCGUGCUGCAGUCGGACCUGCGAACCGCCAGGAUUUUGUGAGGUACGUCGUCCUGAAGAACAAAGUAGCCGUUGCAAAUGGAGAGUCGAAUGCUGCCACCUACUGGCAAUCAGCUUACGGAAAUGAAACCUUCCCUGUGAUGGUGGAGGAACUUUACCAACAGAUAAGGCCACUUUAUGAACAACUCCAUGCCUAUGUAAGGAGAAAGUUGUAUGGCGUCUACGGACCAAAAUACAUCAACCUUCGAGGACCUAUCCCAGCACACAUCGUAGGAAACAUGUGGGCGCAGACGUGGGGUGGAUUAUACGAUAUAUGUAAACCCUUCCCAAACAAGGCACGAGUCGAUGUUACCAAGAGUAUGGUGGAAAAGAAUUACACCACCAGUAAGAUGUUUGAAAUGGCGAAUGAGUUCUUCACUUCCCUUGGUUUGAUCUCUGUACCUACAUCAUUCUGGAAUGAUUCCAUGUUUGUACGUCCUACUCACGGAAGGAGUGUUAACUGUCACCCGUCUGCAUGGGAUUUCUACAACCAAGUCGAUUUCAGAAUCAAGAUGUGCACAAGUAUAACAGUGGAAGACCUGAAUACGAUACACCAUGAACUAGGACACAUCCAGUACUACUUGCAAUAUAAAGACCAGCAUGUUCACUUUCGGGGAGGUGCCAAUCCCGCUUUUCACGAGGCCGUCGGGGACGUCAUGUCGCUUUCGGCCGCAACACCCGGGCAUCUAUAUACCAUAGGUCUAUUGGACGAAAUUGAAUAUGACGAAGAGGCUGAUCUGAAUCACUUGAUGAAGGUUGCUCUAACUAAAAUAGCUUUCUUACCUUUUGGAUACCUGAUGGAUCAAUGGAGAUGGAGUGUCUUUGACGGGACCACACCUCCAUCCAAAUACAACCAAGAAUGGUGGAAACUAAGGCUGAAGUAUCAGGGAAUUAUUCCACCUAAUGAGCGUAGUGAGGAUGAUUUUGACCCCGCUGCCAAGUACCACAUAUCGGCUGGAGUCCCUUAUAUCAGAUAUUUCGUCAGUUUCUUUCUCCAGUUCCAAUUUCAUGAUGCUUUGUGUAAAGCUGCUGGUCACGAUGGUCCGUUACACCGAUGUGACAUCUAUAGGUCAAGAGAAGCAGGGUCACUUCUGUCAAAUAUGUUAAGUAAAGGUUCUAGCCAUUCAUGGAAUGAGGCCCUGGAAGCAAUGACGGGUAGUCCAGAGAUGAACGCAACUGCAUUGGUGUCUUACUUUCAACCUUUGAUGGAAUACUUGAGAAAAGAGAAUGAAAGGAACAACGAGACCUUAGGUUGGCCCGAGAUAUACACCCCUUUUGAUCCUUCUUGUGGAGUUAGAAUUGGAACCAUGUCCCCAUCUACAUUUAUCCUGGUUCUAUCAUCAUCAGUUCUUUGGACACGACUUCACUACUUGUAGUUACCCUUGACGCCUUUUUAAGGACCAUUACAUGGAAUAUUAAAUAAUAUAAUUUUCUCCUCGUUGUCAUGUGAAACAAGGUUUUAUUCAUCCCUGAGCAUGUGUAAU